UGUCACUGUGAAUUUUGAGAAGUACUUUACAAAAGUAAUAUUUAUUGAAUUUCUCUGUGCGUUAUUGUAAAUUUCAUGCACUUUUGCAAUUUAUUCCAACAGUUAAGUUCAUUAUACGAAACGUCAAACCAGCUAGAAUACGUUCAUGUUGACAUGCUUGAGAUGGGACAAGAAGCUUAGCCAGUUUACCCGUCGUCCCAGAUUAUCUUAAUUCCCCCUAGAUUCACCUCCAGUCCCUGUCAUCGACUGUACCGGGACAGGUUUUGGGAAACAUAAAAACAGCAGAAAACACAGACAGCAGGUGCAGUGACUCAUGAUGAGAUGCAUUUAGAAACAAGGCCAGAUUUAAUAAAGCCCCAUUAUUGUUAUUAUUGGAAUGCAUUAUCAAGAUGUCUUUGUUUUGACUCUGUUUAUAGUUGGCUGUUACCACUUUUAUUGUGUUUCUUUGAUAACUGCGCUCACUGAGAUUUAACUGAUGACAAGUGUGUGUUUAUGUGUGUGUGUGAGAGAGAGAGCGCGAGUGAGAGAGGGAGGGGCGUUGUCAUCGAGAUGUCCUUCGUCUACAGCUCCGGGAAAAGAGUGUGCGGAUCAGAGCGAGAGCAUCCGACACUCACAGCAGCCGCUGCUCGCCUACAAUAUCAGCUGAAAGAUAAACACAGGUGAAAAUGGGCGUGUCUAGAGUUCUGCUCGGCCUCGCCCACCUCACGAGCCUAUUGGCUGCCGCUGUGAUGAGUCACGAGGGGGCGUGUCUGCGGGACGGGAGACACAAAGCCACGCCCAGUCCAGAGCCUCAUCUAAAGCAGUGUUCGCUCUACAUGGAGAACUCGUGUUGUUCAGAGACAGAUGUCCAGGAUCUGUCCGGCUCUGUGUCUGGCGUGGACAACUCUCUCUGGGAUAAGUGUGGACUCCUCAGUCCUCUCUGUGAGUCCUUCCUGAAGCGCGUCGUCUGUUUUUACCGCUGUUCUCCUGAUGCUGCUCGUUGGCCACACCCACAUCGUGACUCCUCCCUGAAGGCGGUGCCUCUGUGCCACAGCUUCUGCAGAGACUGGUACGAGGCCUGUAAAAUGGACAUGACAUGUGCUCGGGACUGGACCACUGACCCACGCGGACAGAACUGCAGCGGCGGCUGUGUGCCAUACCAACAAAUGUACCAGCAUGGCCGAGACCUCUGCGAGAGUCUUUGGGGAGACGCUUUCAUGACGGUUGAAGACGACCCCGGGGAGGAAGACGGUGUUGAAGGCCAUAGCUGUGGCUGCCUGACCCUCAGCCCAUCUGAUCGAGAGGUGAUCGCAGCUCUGAGGGUUCAGGAAGGAGACCCCGAAGAACUGGACACCACCAAGAGCGGCCUGCCACAGUACAGAGCCCCCUGCCCUCCCGCAGGGCCUCAGACACGCAGCGCCACAGCGACGCAGCAGGCCCGGAGGAGCAGCGCCAACGCCGUGCUGCGCAAGCGCUCCGUACUCACCAGCGACAUGGAGGGCAGCGGAAGCGGCUUCUAGGAGACUUGUGUUGUAGAUCUUCUGAAUGUUUGUUAAUGAGUAUUUUAUCUUUAUCAAUUGAAUUUACAGUAAACUAAUGCAGUGAGGUUUCUACAGUAUCGUGUAUCUAACACAGUCAACAAAACAGUCCUGUGUAGACUAUAGCUAUGUCUGUAAAAUCCAAUUUAGCUGAUUUUAACCUGUUAAAGGCAACAUGAAAAGUUGAAUUUAGGUCUACAUAACACUUUACAGUAAAAUUUUGAUUGUUAACAUUGGAUAACUACAGUAGUAAACAUUAACAAACGUUAAACGAUACUUUUACGGCAUUUGUUCAUCUUAAUGUUAAUUUAAACAUUAUUUUAAAUUCAAAAGUUGCAUCUGUUAUUAGUUGUGUACUAACAUGAAAAUUAACAAAGGUUAAUUAACGUUAGAUAAUGUUAGUUAAAAGGCGGUCAAAUUUUCCACGCUGACAAAAAAAUGGUGUAAAAACCAUUUUUAAUUAAAAAUUGCUAGUUUAACAAAUAAUUACAAAGAAAUUGUAAAGUAACACACUGAAUUAAUCUUGAGAUCAUAAAAUAGAAGGUAGUAUUUUCUUGGAAAACCAGUGUUGCCAAGUCUGCGGUUUUCCCGCAGAAUUGGGCUACUUUAACACUGUUGCCGCAGGUUGUUUUUGAAGUCGGCAGGUUGACGUGACCCCAAUAACGUCAUAUUUAGCCCCUGAAAUGCAAAUUUGCCAUGUGAAAAAUGUGAAUUUUUUUCCCCUGAUUGCAACUUUUAAAGGGGGAUUCCCCUCGAAACACAAUUUUGAGUAGCAAUUGGAUGGGUUCUGUUGUGAAAACCUGGUAACCCUGAGGAAAACAUACUCCUAAAAUAGACCUUUUUUAAAUACAGUUCAGAGUUCAACGAAUUUGUGAAAUCCAGUCAUUUCAAUAGGAAUCAGGGUUUCCAGGUUUUUACAACAAAACCCGCUCAAUUGCAUUUUGGGGGGGGAUCCCCGUUAAAAAUUGCAUUUUGUCGGGGUUUCCCUGGUAAAUUCAUAUUUUAGAGGCUAAAUAUGACAUUAUUCAGGUCACUUCUACCCACGGACAUCAAAAACAACCCCCGUCAACAGUGUAAAUCUAGCCCAAUUCCACAGAAAAACCGCAGACUUGGCAACACAGUUCAAAGCACUGACCAGUAAUACCCGCUGUUUUUCUGUGGAAUUGGGCUACUUUUAACCUGUUGCUGCAGAUUGUUUAUUUGGAGUGAUUUUGAAAGCUAUUUUUCCCCAGAACACGAUUGUGCUAGUUUUGGCUGUGAUUUUGUUUUGCAGACCUGGCAACCCUAAUACUGACCAAUACUCGCUAAUGCUAACAAAGAGGAUCUUAUUGUAAAGUGGUACCGAAUAUUUCACUUAGAAAUGCGUCACAAAACGUCAGUAAAAUGGGUUUCAAAUCUUGUUUUACAUGAACUGUGUGUAAUCGCUCACUACAAGAAAACACAUCGUAACAUUAUUAUGGGAUUUUUUUUUUUGGCUCGCUUUAAACUUAAAUGUUGCUGUUGUUGCUUGUUUCUACAACUGUGAUAUUUCAUGAUAAUCUUCUCUAUUAUCUCAUAAUCUGUAACCUCACAAUCAUCUAUUAGACAGUCCUAUGUGUGAUUUAUGUCGGUACGUUAUGCUAAUAUUUUGCGUAAUGACUUUAUUCGUGAAAACAUCCAGAAUAUACACUAAUAUACUUAAAAUAAUGUUUUAAAGAACUAUGAGAGAAUACUGUGAAAUGUGUUUGAAUAGUUAAGAGUGAGUGUAGGCUACUAGGUGACUGUUUGGCGGGUUACGUGAGGACGUGUUUUGUUUAUAUGUAAAUGACGGUGCGUCACUGUGAACGAUGACGCUCUGCCGUUCUGUGGCUGCAGUAAGUAAACAAGUGUGUUUCUGUUCUGAUCUUACAUGUCUCCUAAUAUUCAUGAAUAAAUAAAAUUGGCGUUUCUUUGUUCUUUUAA